UUCUUUUCCCGUGUGCCACCUUUUUUGGCAUGUUGGCAUGCCAUUGCAUCUUGUCUUGCUUUGCAUCGUUCCCGCUGGCGCAAGGUUCUUGCAAGUGCCUGCUCGUCAACCACCUACAGCUUUACGAACCCGCAAGGAUCCUGUGGGGAGAGUUAUGGCUAAUCGAGAUUCGAAUCUGUGGAGAGUAGUGCUUGGGGCUUUCAUCUCUUCCACUAAUAGCAACUAAUAACCUUGAUUUAGUGUAGUUCCGCCACUGACCAUUAAGGCUAACCCCUGUAAUCUGCUGGGAGUCGCCGAACCAACCAUCACCGUCGUACCUGCUGGUCCGUUUCGGUUUCAGAAGAGCAUCGUCCACUCCAGUCACUCUUCUCGAACUGCUUCGCUUUUCGGCAAUAAAGCAGUCGCCCCGUACGUCCACCUCAGACACGAGCGAUUGAACUUAGGGAGAGGUCGUUUCCUGUCGGUGCUGAGAAUCUGAGCCGCGUCGUGUUACUAAUAGUGUGCACCUCGUGACGAGCUAGAUUGGAGACAGCGAAUUUGGGAGUGGGGGGGGUCAGAUUUAGGGGAAGUGAAGAUUGUAAGGGACUGCUGAUUCCGGGUAGCGUUUUCGGUCCCGAUAAAGGCUCAAUUCUUAAUCUGACGAACCUUCCCGCUUGGCCAAGAACCCAACUCCCUGCUAAGCGGCGCCAUCCUUUCUCCGUCAACCAUGGGUGCCGAGUUCUCGAAACACGUGGAUCGGCUACUGAACGAAGCAGAGACAUACCAGCUAGCGGUGCAGUCGACCUUUUCAGAGUACGCCAAGUUGCCUCCAGGAUGCGUAGCAGUAAUAGGAGGAGGAGGAGGAGGAGGAGGAGGAGGGGAACCAGCCGUGGCGGUUACAAGAGCAGCGACGAAGGAAGGACCAGCGUCCGCUGCGAAGCGAACAGCCCCGGCAGCGGAGGAUGACGUGGGGUCGGUGACUCCCUCCCCUGCUUCUCCUGCGCAGUCUGCUGCUGGAUCGCCGGGGGUGGAGCAGCGGUACCUGCUGGAAGCAGCUCAAGCCGUCAUUAAGAAAGUAUCUGCCAAGAUGGAUUCGCGAGCCAGCCGCCUGUGCCUCCGCCCGCCCACCAAGCGCGACUGCGAGUACGUCCUCUUCCUCUUCCCGUCCCUCGCGGCCUGCUCGUCCCUCUCCCUGCCCCAAUUCGAGACGUUCGUCCGCGCCGUCGUCAAGCGCGUGGCCGUGGACAAGGGCCGGAGACUGCUGCUGUUCGUCGCUGGAGGCGUGAUGGUGGUGCACACGAUCAAGGGGACCAUCCGCAAGCUGCCACUUGUCGGCGCGCCAGUGGCCAUGGUGGUCAGCGCGGUGUUUCCAACGUCGGUUGUGGGCCCGGCUGUGGGGGUAGCGGGGGCGUUGAUGGUGGAAGAGCGGAAGCGGUUGAGGUGAAGACGAAGGGAUGUUUAAGAAACGCUCCGUGAGUCUGGAGGAGGAGAGGGGGGGGGGUAGAUUAGGAGAGCAAAGAAGAGCGAGAGGAGGAGCAGCAGCAGAAGGAGCAGCAGGAAGAGGAGGAGGAGGUGGAGGAGGAUGCUGAGGCUUGAUGCUGAUGGGUGUGUAGGAUGGGGAUGAGGGGGAGGAGAGAGGGCGGGCGGGGGGGCGGAAAAGGGGGGAAGAGAGGCGCGCGGUGAAGGGAAUGACGAUGUGGGCGAAGUGUCGCUGGAGGAGCCAGUUCAGGGACACAAUAAAAAGGGGGAUGGUUGAGAAAUGUGGAAGAAUGAGGGGGUUAACCGGAGGUUUGGAGGCAGUUCAAUUUAUCCGAGACGGUCAAGUGAGCUGUGUGCCGUACACUACUUGUGUGCGUGCACUCCUGGUGCUGUGCCGUGACUGCUUCACCUCGUGGGGGGGUUGGGAAUGAGUGCGUGUCUGUUUGUGUGCCCGUGUCUCCUCGUGUGAGACAGCAAAGGAUGGAGAGGUGGUUUUGCGGUUGGGGCUUUUUCUGAAUGCAUGCUCGUCUCCCACUAUCGUUCGCUUGUUCUCUUACACACUAUCGUUCUCUCUCUUCCUCUCCAGUUCUCAUUCCCUCCCUCACCGACUCCCUCACGUGUCACCUCCCUCCCUCACGUAUCACCUCCCUCCAUCACUUGUCACCUCCCCUCCUGGGUUGUAAUUCAUUGGUGCAUCAGUGUACAUGUGUCAUUUCUGCAUUUGCAUCCGUGCCGCUGAGACCUAUAUCAAGCACCCAGCCCACAUUGUUGGUGAGGGGAGUUUCACACUACACCUUCAGCCGUGUCCCUUCCAGCCAACUAACCACUCAAUCACUUCCAACCAACCACUCUCCAUUCGACUCCAUCACCAGUCACUCCCAUCUGCCGCCUUUCCCCAGCCUCACAGCUCUCUAUGCCGCAUGACAACCAUCUCGCUUGACCAUUUCACUCGACACAUAGAGAUACCUGCUCUUUGCCAGGUCCAAGGAGUGCUCAAGUCCAGCAGCCAGCUGUGUUGACAGCCAAGCUCCCGUCAGUGCCACUGACAGGUUAUCUGUUCAGUUCAGUCUCUUGUCUGACCUGGUCCUGGUCCUACAUGCAUUAGAAUUGACAUUUUUCCUAGAAUGUUCUCGUCGUUGAAUCUAGGGUGCAAAACCCCUUUUUGGACUAGACCAAGCAGCUUCAUCAUGUCAAAUUAUAUACUUAUAUAAUUAUUU